AUGAUGAAGAACUUCUUUGGCUAUGCGGCGGCGGUGGCGGCCAUGGCAGCCAUCUCCCUGCUUCUGGCGGCCGUGCCUCCAACAUUAGUGAAGGCACAGUCGCCACCGCCACCACCAUCACCGGCACCAAAUUGUAGCGUGUCGGAGUUGAGCUCAUGCACUAUACCAUUCACAUCUGGUUCAACUCCGACACCCAAAUGCUGCGCGGAGCUGAAACAGCAGCAGCCAUGCUUUUGUGUUUACUUGAAGGACCCAAGCCUGGCGCAAUUUGUUAACUCUUCCAAUGCUAGAAAAAUCGCUGCCUCUUGUAAUGUUACCUACCCUACUAAUUGUCCUUAA